UAGAUCAAACAGUUUCUUCGGCCGGUAAUCCUUAUGUGUAGCCCUAAUCUAUUUUCACGAUGUUGUGUGUGUUCUUCGUUCUUCAUUGUUCGACGGUGACGGUGAUUCUUGCCCUUCCUCACGAAUCUGAAAUUGAGAGCGUUAUUGUUUUUACGUGUUUAUCCCCAUUAAUUCAGAUGCCCACUACGAGUUAUUCAAUGAGUCUUUUAGAUCUGAAAGGCGGUGUGAUUUCGGUAUAAAUAGAUGUGAGUAUACUCCCCGAUGGAUUUGACAUAGCUCAAUGUGCUCAGAACUUCAAGCUUUCUGACUCCUCUUUACCGAUUCGGUUCAAUGAUUCAACCAAUUUUGACGAGUUAACCGAACCGGUCUCUCCGUUACCUGAAGAAAGAUUCCGGAUCCGUAACCAAACCGAUCUGGUUGGAUUAUCUAACACGUCACAAAGCUUCCAAGUACGGACAUAAGUUUGUAUAUAUAGAUGGUCUUAUUAUGUAUCUGGGAUUUAUGUUCUAUAUAUUGGUAUCGGUUUAUCCAAGUAACAUACUAAUAUCGAUCUCAAUUUCAGUAUCACUCUUUCUGUUUGAUAGGAAUGUGCUCAGAAAUUUUAGGAAAGAUGAACACAAAGAAAGAUGGUAAAACGGUAAAAGAGGCUCACGAAAAGCUCAAGGGAACUGAUGCAUAUUGUUUUUGUUCAAUAUUUGGAGGUUAAGGGUAAUAGGAUAAGCUCCAAUGGAAUAAAAGAAAACAAUUCAAAUUCUCUGAGUGGCUCCACUUCUGUGAAUGUUGAUUCAACAGCAAAUACAUCCAGCACAUUGUCACCACUUUGUGAAGAUGCUGAUUCUGGAAACCAAGAUGGUUGGAUUCAUAGGAAUAGAGUAAAAGAAAACGACUCCCAAAGAUUAGUGGGUGUCCCAGCAUUAGAUGCUUCCUUUGAGAAUCAAUUGGCAAGAUACCAGAACCUACCUUAUAAUCCUCUGUUGACUCAGACAAAUCCUUCUAAUGCUGGAUUAAUGUCCGUGGAAGGGCAUCUCAGAAGCCCUCUUCAAAACCAAGUAAAUUGGCAGAUUCCAGUUCAGGACAGCUUGCCACUGCAAAAAUGGCCCAUGAACUACCAUGGUACUGACAUGGCCUUACAUGAGAAUUUCCGGACGUUUUCGAGUCUUGUCAGCAGUCAAAACCAGCAGCAGCCUAUUGGGAGUAGUUUUCAAGCUCUGUUUUCAAGGACCUGGACCUCCAGACUCAUACAGUUUUCCCAUUGCUCUCUAUCAACCGCUUCCAUAAUCUUAUGGAUCGAUUUGUCUUGCUAGCGGUAACGUCCAAGCACACUACGUGCAAGGAAUUCAUGAAUAUUUUUGAAACGAUAACGCAAUCGAUGGCAUGUACCAUUUACGAUUAUCGGCAGAUGUUUAUUAUGCAGAUGGUGUUUACUUAUACCCAUCAUCAUGUUGUGUAGAGGUGAGCAAGCUGUCGGUCGUGCCUACCUCAACAUGCCUGGCUGGAGGGAGUCUCCAACUAAAUUAGACGGAUGCGGAAGGCGAAUUAAAACUUCGCUUCAUGGUAUUGCUGUUGCGAGACUCCUGGUUUACACGACGACUUACCAAGAGACAAGAGCUGCUUAGUAAUAUUGGUCGAAGAUGGAGCUAUGCUUUUACUUUAGACAGAUGCAGAAAUUUAAUAUUUAACGUAUUUAGACAGUCCAUUGCCUAUUAGAUGGAAAUUAGAAGACUUUUUAUUCUAAGUUUCAACAACUAGAAGCUUAUUUUAUAGCAAAAAAAAAAUUCGAAUAGAGACAUGUUAAAAUA